GCCGCGGACUGGCAGUGCGGGCCGGCCAUGGCGCGGAAGAAAGUACGGCCGCGGCUGAUCGCCGAGCUGGCCCGGCGCGUGCGGGCCCUGCGCGAGCAGCGGGAGCGGCCGCGCGACUCACAGCGUUACGCCCUGGACUACGAGACGCUGUCGCGGCCGCUCUCUGGCCGCCGGCUGCCCCCGCGGGCCUGGGCCGACGUGCGCCACGAAAGCCGCCUCCUGCAGCUGCUCGGCCGGCUGCCGCUCUUCGGCAUCGGCCGCCUGGUCACGCGCAAGUCCUGGCUGUGGCAGCACGACGAGCCGUGCUACUGGCGCCUCACGCGGGUGCGGCCCGACUACACGGCACAGAACUUGGACCACGGAAAAGCCUGGGGCGUUCUGACCUUCAAAGGUAAGGCUUGCGGGACUGCGCAGAAGACGGAGAGUGAGGCCCGGGAGAUCGAGCAGGUCAUGUACCACGACUGGCGGCUGGUGCCCAGGCACGAAGAGGCGGCCUUCACUGCCUUCACACCAGCCAGCAAGGACCCGCCGCGCUCCGUGCCGUACCCGCCCCUCCUCAGGGCCAUGAUUCUGGCCGAUCGGCAGAAGAGCGGGGAUGAGAGCACAGAGGAGCCCAUGCUGAAUCUGGAGAGGGUGCGCAUCAGCCCCUGGGACUACCCCGCAAAAAAGAAGGCGAAGGGCAAAGCCAAGGGCACCCCAGUCUGAAAGUGCCGGAACCGGCAGGCUGCCCCAGGGCUGCAAGGCCCCGGUGAGGAAGGAAGACGCCUCUGGGUUCACCUGUCAGGCCCUCGAGCUUGCAUGCGACCUUCUCGUGAUGCUUUACUUACGGAGGAUGUGCUUUUUGCCUGGGGAGUGGGGUGGGCAGGAUCCUGCACCUGGCAACUCCUCUGUUCAGGCCUCCCGGACACUCAGGUUUGAGGCCAAGAGGGGGCUGCUGGGGCAAACUGGAAGCAUGGGGGCUAGCGGCCCUGGAGGUGCCUGGUGACCAGCCGAGACCCAGAGCGCGCACUCCUCCUUCCCACGUUGCCUCUGCCCAGCCCCAGGCUCUGGACGUGAAUAAAGGCCACUGAAGUAGCGUGCGUUGUGGUUUCUCUGAGUUUGGGAUUUGGGGGCUAGAGGCGGGUUGUUUGCAGGACUGCGGGGAAGAAAAGGCCCCCAGUGCAGUGGGACAGCCGUUGUGGGUGGUCGGGGGGGCCAGGGUCGAGAGCCGUGCGGCGGGGUGGCUGGGGAGACCUGAGCUGUUGGGGGAGGCGAUGUGCACUGCAGGCCCGAAUCCUCCGGCCGCCCGUGGCUUGAGUCCAGGGCAGGACGUGACGGCCCCAGAGUCUGAAGCUCCACAGGCCUCACUUAGCGUUCUACGUCUCUGCCGGCG